AUGAGAGAUGAUGAAAAGACGAAAAUUUAUGAAAAUCUUAAACAAGAAAUACGUUCGUUAUUAAUUAGUUCACCAAAAACCAAAUAUGGAGGUUUGACAGGUGCAUUGUUAUAUUAUGAUUAUAAAGAAUUAAAUUGUGGAAAAGAAAUUCCAUAUGCUGAACUUGGUUUUCAUUCAUUGUUGGCUUUGUUACGUUCCAUGCCGGAUGUUGUAACAAUUGAAUAUAAAUUAAAUAGUUGUUCGUAUCGAGUUCAUCCAGUUUUCAAUGAGAAAAUAGCGCAUAUUCAGAAAAUGGUUUUAGAACAAAAUGAUAAAUAUGAAGAACAAAAUCGAUUAUAUAAUCAAAAUUGGUAUUUUAAUAAUUCUAAUACAAUGAAUUCAACAAAUUUUUAUCAUCACAAUGAUUUUCCAUUCAAACAGAAAUCUUCAUCUUAUUCUGAAAAUACAUUUAAUUAUAUGAAAUCCAAUUUUCAGAUUCGUGCUUAUGAAAUACCAAAGCAUUUUCAAGAAGAAAAACGAACAUAUUCUAAUAAAUCAAAAGAGAAGAUAAAUUUUCAAUCGAUUGAUUUAUCUUCUCAUCUUUCGUCAACGUUAUUUGAUCAUCAUGAAAUUUCUUCAACUCCAAAUACAUUCAUUGAAACUUCUUCUAACUUUGAUCUCGAUGAUUAUCGAUUAGAUCAAUCAUCAAACAUCCGGAACGCAUGUGCACAUGAUGAAAAUAAGUUUUCAAUAAUAAUUGAUAAAGUAUCUAUGAGUACUGAAUAUUCUCCCGCAACACCGGCAUUGAUUGUUGCACAAGAAAAAUCACCAUUAAACAAUGAAUCACUUGUUCACAUUUUUUCUGAUUGCAAUGAACAAAGAGAAUGUGAGAAUGAUGAAGAUGAAAGAUUGCUAAAACGUUUAAAUGCUGCCAUAUGUAAAUGUCUUCAUUUUCGUUAUAUUCAUCGAUUAUGUGAAUUAAAAUUUCAAUAUCGUUAUUAUCCAUUGAGAAAUGACACCGUCGCAAUGAAAUCUCAACUGGAAAGUCUUGCUUAUGAUCAAUAUAAAAAAGAUUUAGAAGAAUUUCAAAAGAAAUUUCCAAUAGAACGUUUGAUUGAUCAUCAUUUAUGUGGACAGAUUUUUGAUGAAUAUGUUUAUUUACAAAGAAAUUAUUAUUAUAUGAACAAAUUACUGAACACAAAUCGUUCCCACAAUUAA